CUGCACCCCAUGUCUCUGCGCGGGUCAUGGCGGCGUCGAGUUCAGAUCCAGACCCCUGCCGCAGGGGCUCGCUCGGUCUGGGCACCCAACCCUGAGAGUCGCUCCAAGAAGCCGGGACUGCACGGGAUCCAGCUCCGGCUUGGGCUCCUUGCUGGCCACUGUGGGCAGAUACCUGAGGAUAAGCUAGCAUAUGUGAAAGUUUUCUGCUAG